UGGCGGCAGGUUAAAGGAGGAUAAAUUAACUGUCUGGUGGGGAGUUGCAUUUCUUCCCCUCCUCCAUGAUGGAUGGCACUGGGGGCCCCCCACUCUGCUUCCCUGACUUCAACUCCUCCUGCAGACGUCUGCUGCUACCCCGCUCUGAGUCUUCACUCCUCUACACCCUGCUGGCCUUCAUCUCUCUGCUCACUGUCACACUCAACCUGCUCGUCAUCAUCUCCAUCUCCCAUUUCCAGCAGCUCCAAACCCCGACUAACACCCUGCUUCUGUCUCUGGCCGUGUCCGACCUGGUGGUGGGGCUGCUGGUGAUGCCUAUCGAAGGCCUGCGCUACAUAGAGGCGUGCUGGCUGCCGGGAAGGCUGAUGUGUGCUCUGACUCCUUAUGUCUCUUACUGUAUGCUCUCUGCCUCUUUGGGCCACAUGGUGCUCAUAUCCAUAGACCGCUAUCUUGCUAUCUGUGACCCACUGCUCUAUUCCUCUAAAGUCACCCUGAACAGAGUUAAAAUUUCAAUCUGUCUGUGUUGGGCUUGUUCUCUUCUGUACAAUGGGUGUAUUCUGAUGGGACAUUUAGGGCGGCCGGACAGGUUCAGCUCCUGCCACGGCGAGUGUGUGGUAGUCAUCAGCCACAUCUCAGGCACACUAGACCUCUUCUUCUCCUUUGUUGGGCCCUGUACUGUCAUGGUUGUGCUGUAUAUGAGGGUGUUUGUAGUUGCUGUUUCUCAGAUGAGAGUCAUUCAGUCACAGACUGCUGCCACUAAGAUGAGAGCGGCUCCGACUGCUAAAAGAUCAGAGAGGAAGGCAGCCAGGACUCUUGGCAUUGUGAUAGCUGUGUUUCUAAUGUGCUUUUGCCGGUAUUACUCCUCAGCUCUGGCAGGUCAAGACACCUCCAAUAGCUCGUCGUACUUUAGUGUGUUGUCAUGGCUCAUGUUGAUGAACUCCUGUGUGAACCCUCUGAUCUACGCUCUGCUCUACCCCUGGUUUAGAAAAGCUAUCAAACUCAUCCUAACACUGAGAAUACUGCAGCCUCACUCCCAGGAGGCCAAGAUCCUGUAGACAGGACUGAAAUUAUCUGUGUUUGGUCAUUUUACAUUGUUUUGGAAACAUGCUCUCACUUCUGUAUGUGAGUGUGCUCUCUGACAUAUAUGACAGAGAUUUAAGUGA